UCCUGAUGAGUCCCCUGGAUGUGUCCGUAUAUCAAGGAAAUCAGCGUUGUGCUAAGUAUUUGCAAUUGCACGGUGCCGUUCCUGCCACGAAAGUCCUCGAAAACAACGAAAUUAACAGGAAUUUGCUGUUUUCUCUUGGAAAUUAUGCAUACCACCAGAAGGAACGCUCAGAUGACGACAUAGCUUCAGCAACCAGCUACGACCGUCCUCGGCAUGCCGCUCCCGCAAAUGUGGGUGCUGCAGACCUACGAGAUACGCAGACCAGGACCAUCCGUGCUGCUCAGCAACCACCUCUGCCUCCGCCAGCGGCACCAGUGGAGUCGCAACUAACGAACGUCGCUUCGGGUGACAUCACAGACGCCUCCGUUCACAUCCACCUCAGCAAGGACGACUUGUGGUCCUUGUGGGAAUCCCUCAUGCAGGAACUCACAUCGGAGGUUUCGGAAGACAGGGAAGGCUCGGAAAUCUCAGAGGAGAGUCAGAGGCAAAAGGUUCGAAAGACCUCUUCUUCAUCGGAGGUGCGUCAGCUGAAGCCCAUCCUAACGAACGUGUACUUACGAACCUCCAACUCGAGGGCACGGGACCUGAUCGCUGGUGAGUCCAUUCUGGAAAGAACUGAAGACAGCGGGGAAAGACGAAGAGCCAAUGAUUCGUCGCGGAAGACCAACGUGUCAAGAGACAACCACAAGAGAUCUUUGUCCAAGGUUUCCGAGGUGGAGAGUGCUGCGAACCACGACUGGGAGGAGAGAAUGACAGAAUCCAGCCAGAUUAGUGGUAUGGACAUAGACCGUCAACAACAAGGCGAAGAUGAACUUUCCGACAGCGUUGGUAGUGAUACAGAACACAGAAGCGCCCUAACUGGCGUCAAGGUCACACGACUUCGCAAAAAGAGAUCAGAAGGGAGGACCUGGGCCAAAGAGGUGGAAGAAAGCGAAACCAGCAGCGGACACAGGCCAGAACAGAGAGGUGCCAAUCCUUAUUUGAAAAGGUACUUCCAGCGACAGGCCAGAGCUGCAGAGAUGAGGAAAUACAUCUCCGACGCUCACGGACACCCCAGAGAUGAAGCCGUGUACAGAAAUUUCCAUGAUAGGAUAGAAGACAAAUAUACCGAUCGCGUGCGGCAACACACUUCACAGCGUGAUGACGAAGCCUAUGAAGAGGAUAUUCGAUAUCUGCAAGAUUCCAGUUACCACAAGCAAAGAAGGAGGGAUUCCAGCUCCGAGCACGAUCCUGGGGAAGUUUUUCUCGAUGAAGACAAAGAAACCGAAAUGGUACCACAGCGCAAGAAGUCCCUGAAAAGCAGAGAAAGAACGACAAAAUACAAUCAAGAGUGUCUCCAUGGCGAAGAAAGAAGCAUCAAGACUGACACUCCCAGCAAAACACGUAGAAAAAGUUCGAAAAUGGCCUCUAAAACACAUCUCGAAAAAGGCGCACACCAUCAUAAGUCGCACAGAAGGCAUUCGCAGGAAGGCCACCAAAAUUUUAAAAACAUAUCCUGCGACUGCAUGAAAGCUCAUGAAAAGACGGAUAGUGGCAAGAGAGAAACAAAGCACAGACAUGCUGAAACGUCUAUAUUAAGCAGUAGUUACAACGAAGAAUCACCAGAAAGGUCAGACUACAGAGAUCAUCAAGUACCAGAGAUGACUCGAAGAACCUCUAGGCAAUUUUUAGAAGUACCUUUAGCUAAAAGUAUCGAUAGUAGUGGCAGCGAAGAAAGGUCAGGAUACUUGGCAGAGGAUCCAGAAGAGCAACAUUUCCAUCGCCACCAUCAUCACCAUCAUUUCCACCACCAUCAUUAUCAUCGGCCAUCGGACGAGAAAGAAUCCAGCAUCUUGGAAAGCAGUUACACCUCAGCACACCAUCGUAAACAUAAAAGACAUUAUCAUAGAAAGCGCUUGCGUUUACGUGAAAAGGAGCGGUAUGCUGAUGUUUCGGAGCGUCAAAUUUUAUCGGAUGGCGAAUAUCACCCGAACGAGGAAAGGAUGUAUUCCAGCACUGAAGACAAACGCUCCAAAAGUGAGAUGUCUGGUUUGCCUGUAAAAUCUCUCGAAGACGUUCCAAUCAAGACGCCAGUUCCUGAAGAGAAUUCUCAAACAGAGAGGGAAAAUGGGAGUUACGAACUAGUUGAAACUGAAAGACGCGAAACGAAUGACAGCUUAGACUUAGCUGAUGAAAGCAAUUUGCAGGAAUCCAAACACCAUGAUGCUGCAAGCAAGCUUCAAGACUCCUCAGAUCAGCAAUAUUAUUACGAGGAAAACAAAGUUUCAGCAAUGGAUUUAGAUGGGAAGGAGGAAAUCGAUAUUAAUGGUGAAGAAUUGAACAUCAGAGAUUUAAGACGUAACUCUCAUCAAUCUAGAAUUGUUAAAGAAGAUAAUAUUUAUUCCAGCAAAGCAUCUCUUCCAAAGGUAUCCAGUUCGAAACGCGAAAAAAAGAAGCCAAGAAAACCACUUCUCAAGUCGACACAAAGCUUGAUAGAAAUUCCAUCCCACAAAUCAAAAUCUGAAAGUCUCAAAGAAAAGAGUAAAUCUGCAAGAAUAGAGAAGAGUACAAAAUUGCCGAAAAUUAAACUCUUUUCCGUAGAAGGAGGCAGUACCGAUCUUUUAUUCGGUGAUCCUCAGCAGCCGUCCAAUGAAGAAGAAGUGAAUAAAACAGGUGAAAGCCGUAGCAGUAAAACUAAAAACUAUUCCCAAGAUGAUUUAGAUGAAAGGACAGAGGAUGUGUUCCAGCAACAUCCAAAUGACGGCACAGCCACUGAGGCUUCAGUAACAGAUCAAGCAAGAAAGGAGGAAUUAUCGAAUGAGAAAAGCUAUCUACACGAAACCAUUUCAAAAGAGAAAGAGCAAAAUGUAAGUGAAGACAAAGUGCAUAACAUAGAAUCAGUGAUUCAGCAUGAAGAAAAUUCAUCCCAUUUUCAAAAUGAACAAGUCUCUAAAGGUGAUGAGACAUGUCACCAGGAGUUAAAUGAAAAUGUGUUUGAUACCAACACUCAUAGAUUAUCAUCUGCUUAUGAAGAAAGCGUCUCUUCAGUAGGUUUGGAAAAUGGCCCAAUUGAGAGUCAGUUUUCGGCUCAGGACGAAACUGUGUCUUCAAAAGAUACUCAAAAUGGUCUGAUUCAAAGAGAGUCCUCUACUCACGACGAAAGUGUCUGUUACAAAGAUGUUGAAAAUGCUCCCAUAACAGAAGAGAGUCAAACUGAGACGAAAAUGGAGGAGAUAAGUGUUGAAGAAUUAAUUGGAAAGGAACAAGUGACAACACAUGUCAGUGAUGGAGGUCUUCCUCAAGAAAAUAUAUCUGCCGAAAACAAAUUGUCUAAAAAGGAAGAUGAUCAUAGUUACUUAAAGCAGGUAUCAAAUACACUUCCUGCUUCAGAUUCUCUGAAGAAUGAAAUCUCCAACGGAAAUGUUACUUUAACGAAAGUGUCAGAAAAGGAUAUCGAUGAUAUUAAUUUAGAAUCCUCUCAAAAAUUGGAAUGCAAUUUAAAUCAGGUCGAAGAAGCAGAAGAAGAAAGAGGUUCUGAUGAAGUCGCAACAUCUGAACAUUUUCAGAGUGACAUAAGGUAUCCAAAAGGCGACAAUGAACGGAUCGGUGUUCAAACGCAAAAGCAAGUUGUUAAAUCUUAUAAACAUAGACGUCAAAAUACUGUAAGCCCCACGAAAGAAAGUUUAGGCGAUUUAAAUCAAGACUCGAAACCAGAAGAGCUGAAGUUGGAAGCUCAGAUUGAAACGGCUCAUGAAUCUGUCGUUGUUGGUGGUAAAGUAAUGUCAAAGAGUGACAAAUUUCAGACCAAAGAAAGUGAAGAACGUGAACAUGAAGUAAGACCUAGUCAUACUGGUCUCGACAUAACUCAUGAUGGUUACGCGAUGCAGCUAGUAGAAGCCGCAAAACAAGAGAUGCGAAAUAUAUUCGGAACUACGGAAUCAGAAAUACAGAAAAUGUUAGAGGAAGAGAACGAUCGAGGCAUCGUAAUUUCGACUGACGAUCACCAAGCUCUGGAAUGUCGAACUACUGUUUAUGCCGAGGCAUCGGAAACUGCAAAUCAGCAGCCACAUGAAGAAAACCCACAGUUUAUCGUUUCAAAUGCAAAUCAUGCGUCAGACAGUGACUCCAUGUCUGAAGCUGAAACUAAAUUCGAGACUGACAGCGAUGAUAUACAACCUGAACCUGAUAUAACUGUGUUACUGUCGGAGCUGGAAGACAAAGAUGGCCAGAAUGUGAACGGAGCUCAACCUGAUGUUUCUCAAACUAAUUUUGAGAACAGUAAAGCUCGUUCCAUUUCUGAUGAAAUUACUCAGAAAUAUGGGCAGACACCAGACAUUCCAGGUGAAAAAGCAUCGGCUGAAAAUGUGGAACACCAUUUGACUAAAGAAUGUAAUAUAGAUACAGAUACCAAAAGGAAGGUAAAGAUUCCAGGUGAUAGGACAUAUGUUGAAGACGAAACCCGAGAAUCAGCCAAUAAUCAGUUGGAAUUAAGAGAAGAGCCCAUAGAUUACGAAACUGUUACUAAAAAUUUAGUGACUGGAAUGGGAAUAGGCAAAGAAUCGUUAGUUCGUGACACGGUAGAGGAAAUUUCAGCUGAAGUGCCUAAUGUACCUGUCGAGCAUAAAGCAAAUGGAAAGAAACGGUUUAGUGUGACAAGCCAGGCAUCAAAAAGGCAAGCCAGCACAGAAAUGGCGGACGAGUCAAACCUACCCUCUGACCAGUAUAAUGACACGAAACCUCAUGAUACUGGACAUGCACAAGAAAUGUUUGAAGUGAACGAAAUAAACAGAUCUAUUUCUGUUCAAACGGUAGACAACAUACCAUAUACGAAUGACCUACUAGAUACGAGGAAGCAUAUUAAAGAGGACGUAAAUGUAUCUCAGAAAGAUAUAUCUAUACAAACCGAAACUUCUCCUGAACCAAAGCAAUAUAAAAUGGUAGAAAAGAAAGAACUGGAAAAAAUUAAGGAAAUUCAAAAGAAAGAACUAGAAGAAACUAAAGAAACGGAAAAUGUUGAAACAGAAGGAAAUAAAGAAAUGCAAAAAGAACUGGAAGAAAAGAAGAGAACAGGAAAUGAAGAGCUAGAAGAAGAUAAGAAACUAGAAAAAGCUUUUGAGGUAUCGAUGGGAGAAGAAUGCAAGGCAUCUGAAAUGCAAAAUUCUCAUGUCAGGGAGAUGGAGAACAAAAUCCAUCUAAGCCCAAAUAAAAGAUCACCAGAAAGACAAAAUCCUAGCGCUGUUUUCUACAGCGUUCCAACCGAAGACUCAAAUAGGCAAAAACAAAAAACUGCACCUGAUAAACAAAAUCCAGGUUCUGUGUUUUAUACCGCUCCUCUCGUUCCUGGAUCCGAAGAAUCCCAAGCAAUGGAUAACAGCAAAAUUUUCCACGCUAGUUCUCGAAAUCGAAGGUAUAAGCAUUCGAUAGAAAGAGGAGGAAAGACGUUACGCUCUACUGCACGUGACAGAUCUCUGGAGUCGGAGAAAGCGGUUGCCAUUGCAAAUUCAGCGUAUCGGAAACUUACCGCUAAUGGGGAGCUGACUGUCUUCAACAGCAGUCUUAAAACUGCGGCAUCGGAUACCCAGUUGCUCACAUCGACGACGCUGUUGGAAAAUUCUUCUAAGAUGCCGUAUAGACAUAGAGGGGAAUACUCUAACUUAGAAAAGCCUGGUUUCUUGUGGGUCCAUUUUGGAUCUGGAAGCAGCCCCGUUAGUAUUAAAAAGAAACCGAGUUUAACAAGUCAGAAAAUCAAGCGGGAUCAGAUAACAAAACUGUCACCAGCGCAGAAAAACGAAAACGCAGAAGCGGAACCCAAACUUGGAAAAAAAGUUUCCAAAAAUUCCGCUUUAAAGGCUCCAAAUCAGAAAACACAGGAAAGAAGCGGGACUUUCAUCAGGAAUAAACAAAAUAAAGCAAUCGACGAACAGAUUACUAAAUCUUCCACCAAGAGAUUCACGAAAGCUUCGGGUGGCAAGGACUCAAAUUUAAAGACAGAUUCCGCUUUGAACGUGAGUUCAAAAGUCCUGACUGAGAAAAAAACGAAAACUCAGCUCCCUAGACGGGAUAAACAAAAGAACGAUAAUUCUUCAAAAGCAACCUCAGGAAAAUCGAAACUUCCUUUAACCAAGCAUGAGAAUAUUAAAGGCAAGGAUGGAUCCACAACAACAAUCAAUUCUGAAGUCAAUGCUCAGAAAGAAAUAUCCAAAGGUGAUAAGAAUAAACAAAAAACUAGUUCCAAAAACGAAUCUGAACGAAUGCAUAAGCCAGAUCACCAAACCUAUGACCAAUUACAAACUAGCAGGAAACCUGACAAUGAAAGACCCACCGAUCAUGCAAAAAGCCCUCGGACAACUGCCCCUAGGACUACGAAAGAAUCAAGUGCUCGAAAAAGUUCUAAAAAAAUGACCACGGAUUCCCAGAAACAUGAACAAGAUAAAACGCAUUCAGCUGAUUCUAGGCAAAGCAAAAGCGGCAAAGCAAACGAUUCAGAUGAAAAAGGAGGAAAAGACGAUCAUAAGAAAUCUAUUCCGAGACUCACAGAAACAGCCAAAUCCUCCUCCCUUGAUGAAGGCGAUGUUCGAUUGGAGAUCGAACGGAAGGAGGACCCCGAGAUGAGCAUCAAAAUCAGCAUGACGAAGAAAAACAAAGAGAAAAACAAGGAAGCCUCCACCACUGAGGACUCGGGUUACAUCAGCACAUCCGAGUCAAUCCACAGACAUCGUAGGUCUAUAACCAUAGACUUAGGCCACACAACUGCCAAGAUCAACACUGGCAUGAAAGGAGGCACUCACUCAGCGGUGAAUUCAACCAAACUCAUCCAAACCCAAGAGCUCAAUAAGCUGGACGCAGAGAAUGCACUACCCCGCAUCGGCGAUCAGCUUCAAGCAGGCAAAGCCGAAAGUCAGGAUAGGAAUACCGAUCAAAAAUCUCCCAAGCAUUCCCAAAAAGUCUUGACCAGCAAACUUCCCAUUUUAAAUUCUCACCGACAGCGGUCAAAUUCGUUGGUGUUCUUGGAUUACAGUAGGAUGCCCACAGGUGAAGCCUUGCCAGCGGGGGAGUUGGUAACGGAAGUUAAAGAGGAAAAUGAGAAAUUACUUUACAGCCAGAGCCCCCAGAGAAGGCACAGUCUAAUUGCCAGGUUCACACCAGACAAGGAAACUCUCACUAAAAACUUUCAAAGGCAGAUUGCGCAAGGCAGUGGCCGAAACAAGAUUUCUGGUCGUCGAUCCGGUAUUCCUAUCUACAGAGCUCACUCGGACGGACAUCUCGACGCUGAGAAGCCUUCCCCGAGAAUGCCAAAACUGUCCUACAGUACACCCUCCAUUAACGAAGAAUCGGGUUCUCUCAGAGUGACGUCUCGUGAAAGGAAGAUGUCGAGCAUUCAGGAAUCAUCUUUGACACCCACAGAUUUAAGAAACAGCGAUUCGGAAAGCGUAUCAGAGAGCGCCGAAAAGCUAAAGCUGCCAACUAUCCUCCUGUCCCAACUGAAAGAGCGGCCAUUGAAAAAUGCUGACAUCGGAAGCAGUGAACUUCCGGAUAUUAAGACCUCGCUCAAAAAGGAAACGAGGCUGAGGAAAGAGGACUCUAUGACUCCUCGUACGACUUCUAAAAUGAGCAACAGCAGCCUUUUCUCCACAGACUACACUUCGUUUAAAUUGCCUCUGCUCCAGCAAGCGGUGCGAUGUCGCUGCAACAUCCAACCCCACAAAUUCUGGGACGGUCGGAGAAUACGCUCAGCCGUCGAGUGUUUCGCCAAUGUCCACUUUCUGAGCGAGAAGGAGAUGGCCCAAUUCGAUCCCAGGCUGCUCAUCAUGAGUGGAAGGUCCAGCUAUAGUGGAGGGAAAAGGAGAUCUUCGACCCAACCGGCUGGCUACAAAGCCCUAAGGACGCAGACUUUAAAACGACUAAAGGCGGGCAAGUCGGGCAGGAGAUCACGCAAUGCUCUUACAUUUCACGUAGACCAUGACCAAGAACGGAAUACCUUCAAGCUGCCGACGGAGAAGCUCCAAAAGAACAAAAAAUGGCAAGUCGUGUUCACCAUCGGGAAGUCGGAGAAAGGAAAUCACCAGAAGGAUAAGGAUAACAGAUUAUAAACCUGCACCAAGAAUGAAAGGCAUUCAAAUUUUUGACGGAAAAGUUCUUAAAGCCGAAAAGAUAUCAAGUCGUGCCCACUAUCGAAACGUCGCAAUAUGCAAGGUACCAGGAAAAUUGAACAUAAGCCACGAUCUGGAAGCUGCCAAAGAAGAUGCAAAAGGAUAAAAAAAGCAGCUUGGGGGGAAGUCAGAAGAAAACUCCUCGGCAAGAAGAUAAGAAAAGCAGAAUGUAUGUAGACUAUGUUGUAGUCUAACAUCAUCAAGAAUUAGUUUCAAAAGAGCAAAAAAUGAUUAAAAUGGUAAAUUGUUCUUCAUCAAUAGAAAAUGGCAGAAUUUAAACCAUGGGGAAAAUAACAACAGAUUAUUGACUAUGACAUAGAAGGGAAGGCUUUAAAACUGCCAAAAUUAUUGUUCCAAAGAAAAAACGAAUGGCGAGAAACAUGAAAGAAAGGAAGUAAUAUGAAAUCUAAAGGCAAUAAGAUAAACACUUCCAUACGGCCGUUGGGAGAGCCAGGAAGAACAAAAAAUUGCAAAUCGUGCCAUCACACUGAACAGGGAGGACGCCAGAAAGAUAUAAAAUCUAAAAUAUAUUGUGCUCGAGAAUGUAAAAUAAAAGAUAUUUUUCUACUUAA